CGUCUCGUCCCGGUCGUCGUCUCCGGUGCGGAGGGCGGAACAAAGGAGCAGAGUCAGUCCCAGCGAGGCGAUGGUGGGCAUCCCGGGAGCCUCCCAGUUUGCUACUGAGAAGCGGGUACCAGUAAUGCCAGGGUCCCCUGUGGAAGUAAAGAUACAGUCACGAUCUUCUCCAUCCAGCAUGCCGCCACUGCCCCCUGUCAACUCUGGUGGUCCCCGGCCCGUCUCAUUUACCCCUGCAGCAUUACCAAAUGGGAUGAACCAUUCUCCACCUACACUGAAUGGAGCAAAAUCACCACCUCAAAGGUUCAGCAACGGGCCGUCCUCAUCUUCUUCCUCUUCGUUGACCAAUCAGCAGCUCCCAGCUACCUGUGGGGCUCGUCAGCUCAGCAAACUGAAGAGGUUUCUUACAACCCUCCAACAGUUUGGCAAUGACAUUUCACCAGAGAUUGGGGAGAAAGUCCGGACACUUGUUUUAGCAUUAGUGAAUUCCAGGGUAACAAUAGAGGAUUUUCACUGCAAGCUUCAGGAGGCCACUAAUUUUCCUCUCCGUCCAUUUGUGAUUCCAUUCUUGGAGGCUAACCUUCCGCUUCUGCAGAGAGAGCUGCUGCAUUGUGCUCGGGCCGCCAAACAAACCCCCUCCCAAUAUCUGGCCCAGCACGAGCAUGUCUUGCUGAACACGAACACGGCUUCCCCAGCUGAUUCAUCAGAGCUGCUGAUGGAAGUGAAUGGCAAUGGGAAGAGGCACAGUCCAGACAGGAGAGAAGAAAGCAGCUUUGAGAGAGACCCACUCCCCUCGGAGCCUCCUGCCAAGAGGGUGUGCACCAUUAGCCCAGCUCCCCGGCAUAGCCCGGCACUCAUGCUGCCCGUCAUCAAUCCAGCGGGACAGUUCCACCCUACUCCACCCCCGCUCCAGCAUUACACCUUGGAAGACAUCGCAACCUCCCACUUGUACAGAGACCCUGGCAAGAUGUUGGAGCACAGGGAACUGCGAGACAGGCAUAGUGCUGGGUUAAAUGGAGGCUAUCAGGAUGAGCUCGUGGACCAUCGCUUAACAGAGAGAGAAUGGGCUGAUGAAUGGAAGCAUCUUGACCAUGCAUUGAACUGCAUCAUGGAAAUGGUGGAGAAGACCAGACGCUCCAUGGCUGUCCUCCGACGCUGCCAAGAGGCCGACAGGGAAGAGCUGAACUAUUGGAAGAGGCGAUGUAGUGAAACAACGGAGCCACGGAAAGGAGGGAGCGACUUAAUCAUGAGACAGCACAGCCCAGGAAGCUCUGAUUCGGUCAGCAGUGAUUCUCAACGUGAGUUUAGUAGCAGGUCAGGAGCAGCCGGCUAUGUCACUGAAGAGAUCUGGAAGAAAGCCGAAGAAGCUGUGAAUGAGGUGAAGCGCCAAGCCAUGUCUGAAGUCCAGAAAGCUGUUGCAGAGGCCGAGCAGAAGGCAUUCGAAAUGAUUGCAUCUGAGAGGGCCCGAAUGGAGCAAACUAUUGCGGAUGCCAAGCGCCAGGCAACUGAGGAUGCUUUCCUAGUGAUCAAUGAGCAGGAAGAGUCUACGGAGAGCUGUUGGAACUGUGGUCGCAAAGCCAGUGAGACAUGCAGUGGAUGCAACAUUGCCCGCUAUUGUGGCUCCUUCUGCCAGCACAAGGAUUGGGAGAGACACCAUCGAAUCUGCGGGCAAGGCCUGCACAGCCAGGUCAAACCACUCCCCUUACCAGCAGGCCGAUCUGCAGCAGCCGCCCUCAAAGCAGUCGAGGGGGUCCCAAGUCCAGCUCUAGAGAAAACUUCGGCUACCACCUCUCGAUCCUCCACUCCAGCCUCUGUGACAGCGAUAGACACUAACGGACUCUAAAAGGAGAGAUGAUGAUCCAGCACAUUUUUUUUAGUUUUCCUAGUUUUUCUACAUUAAAAAAACAGACUCCUCAGAACAGUUGUUGGACAUUUGUACUGCAGCACAUUGUCACUCGAGCUAAUGCUUAUGGGGCAUUCCCCCCCCACACACACACACACACAUCCUUAGAACCAGCUGGCUUAGAAGUCCAUGAUGGCUUUCCUCACUUGGGAUCCCAGAGUGAUCUCCUGGGACUUGGAGGCAGUGGGUUUCCUCAGACCCUGAGAACUUUUUGGCUUCUUGUUUUAUCUGCAGUUUCUUAAAGGGGUAAUUUGGUGUUAUCAAUUUGAGAAUCGAUGUGAGUUUCCGUGGCUGCUGCACUGCUGAGCUCUCAAUUUGGUGUUUUCUUUCCCCCAUGAGCCCAUGGAUGGGCACGCACAAACACACAGUGGCAUAGGGCAGGUGGGCCAUGACUGGAAACUGCAUCAAGGGCAAUGAGCUGCUAAUUUUGCCUACUUUUUGUUCUCUCUCUUCCCCUCCCCCAUCUAACAUUUCUGAUAUCUCCCACCACUACCACCCUUUUCCUGUCCCUCAAGCUGUGGACAGAUUUGGGGAGGAGGAGGAGGUGGCAGAACGAUGCUAUUCUUGUUUGCUGAAGGGAGGAUCUAAAACGACUUCCUGGACAGUGUGAAUCACGAUCUGUCUCACUUGGCCCAUUUUAAUCCCUCACUUGCGUGAAAAAGUCCAUCUAUACAUAUGUCUGUGGGCCUUAACAGAUUGAGAGGUGUCAUGCAGCCAUUUUGCAGAUCACCUUUUGCUGCUCUUUCCCCCAAAAUCAACUGGUUUAUUUUGCUGUACUGAAGACAUUCACCACCACCACACCACACACAGUGUUGAUUUUAAAUAUGUUAUUAGAGGCUUGUCAGCGUAUAAAUUAACACACACACAUGCAUUAUUCCAUCGUAUAAUUGACAGCCUAUUCUCUCCAAACAAGAUGGCUAAACCAAAUAAGGUUUAGGUCAUUGUAUUUUUAGUGUUUAAACUUUUGCAUAUAUCUAAGGUUAAUGGGGUUCCACAUGUUCUCUAAGCAAUUGCCUUUAACCCGCUGACUCCAGUUUAAAGAUUCUGUGCAUUGGAAACAAAGCAGUGUGGUGCCAUAGUGAAAUAUUUGGACAUACCUUUUUUGGGUGCUGAGGCUUGCCUGGUUGCAUCUUUAGCAACCAGCCUGUUAUCUUUGCAGUGUUUAAAGCAUAUCCUUAGAAUGACUCUUCCAGAGAAUUGAAAUCCUUUGUCUUAUGAUGCUCCAUCAAGUGUGCCAAAUUGCCCAUUAGUGUCCUGGUUGGACAUAAAAUCAAUCACAACAUCAACUGAGGACUAAUACAUAACUACAACCACUGGGAAAUCCACAUAUAGAAGUUUUAUGUACAUGGCCUUAUUGUACAUACACCAGAGCACUUGAUGUACGAGGCAGAGCAAAAGAUGUCACUUCCACUUAGCUUGAGAGUCAAUACUAAGAAGGUUUUACUUUUGAGAAACAAGUAUGUUGGUAUAAUUUGAAAUUUGCAGCCAAUUGCCUUUCAGGAUAUGACAUAAGAACAUAAGAGAAGCCAGUGUUGGAUCAGGCCAAUGGCCCAUCCA